AUGGAAUCAGAAGAUGCUUUAAAAGACAUAUUGACAUUGCUUAAGGGAGAUAUAUUUUUGGAUAUUUUUAAAGAACAUAACAUUGAGACAAAUGCUUUAAAAUAUAUGACACCAAGUCAUUUAGACAUUAUAGUACCCAAAGAACUGUUUGGUAAAAGAAUAAUUUUUAAACACCACCUUAAAAUUUUUAAUAUUGAAGACGUUUUAAAAACACCACUUUCCGGAAAAUCGGUUUUAAGUUACUAUGGCAAAAAUAAAAAAUUAAUUACAAAGUUUCAGAGAAUGAUUGCAAGUUGUGUAACAGCACACAUUAUUGAAAAUAAAAUAAAUCCAUCUCCAAAAUAUUUUGAUAAAAUUGCUGAGAAAAUAGUUAAAUAUUUUACAACAGAAAACAAAGAAUUAUAUUUUAUACCCAAAAAGGGAAGAAAGCCAGGAUGCUGCUUGUAUAGCAAGUACCACAACGCUUUGUCGAAUUUAAGAAAAAAAGGUCUCAGAAAAUUUCUAGAAAAUAGCUCAGAUACUUUGGAAAAUGUAGAAGUGGAAUCCGCAAACGAAAAUGCUAUAUCAAAUAAAAAAGACAUGUUAAUAGAUAAAGAGUGGCUAAUGAUUAAUAUUGAGCCAAUGUCAGAGGUCGUUAAAAAGUGGGACAAUACUUUUGAUAUCAGAAGAAACUUCCUGAAAGAAGCAGAAAUUGAUGUAAGAGAUUGUGUUGUACUAGAUCUCAUUCACUCAGUUUUAAAACCAUCAUCGAGAAAAUGCAUUUUAAUUGAUAAAAAGAGAAGAAAAUAUGAAAAGGUUUCAGUUGAAGAUUCAAAAAAAUCAUUCCUUUUAUACGCAUCUAAUAAUUCUGAACUUAACACAAAAGUUAAACUUUUAGUUGAUGAAUAUUUUGCACAGAAACAAUCUUUGCAGCCAUUUAUUUGCGCUAUUGGAUCAUCCGUACUUGAUUUACAUGAAUUUUAUGUAUAUUUUGGAAACAUUUUUUAUAAGCUGCAGAAUAUAAAAUCGUGCGUAGAUCUAUCGCUCAAAAUAUUCAAUUCAAUAGAAUAUCCGCAAAACUGUAAAUGAAUUUGGCUAUUUAUACAAGAGUAUUUUUUUUUUGAAAUAAAGGUACAAAAUAAUGAAAGAUGCACUGCUCUAUCAACUAUAUUGAAUGAUAUAGAAACUGUUUGA